GCCGCGCUUCACACAGAGGCCCGAGCGGUGGCGCGCACACACACGGUGCGGUCCGUCGUCUGGUGCUGCUCGCAAACGGUGCGUUCCCGGUCGCUCGGGGACACUCGCUUCAUUUUCGUUCCGGCGUUCGAGCGUGCAGCACACGCGUGGUCGCAUGAAGGUAUCACCCAGGAUUGCACGGUCGUUCAGCAAGACAUACAGUGGAGAGAGAUAGUGUUAAACACCGCUUGAUGUGCAACACAAGACAUUAAAUAAUAGUGCCAGUGAACGGUGCAGUGUGUGUGUGUGUGUGGUCGAUAAAAGAAAAAAAAAAAGAAUAAUCCUUACGGACGGAAAGCGAACGCGAAAGGUGUUCCAUCAAUUAAUUAUCCUUCCCGUCGCAGUGAAGUGAACGCAAUCUGCCAAAAUCAAAAAUAAAGGAAUAAGAUGGUGUGAAACAGCACAGAAACCAGAUCAGUGGCAGCGUAACAUAAAGAUAAACACAGUUUUUGUUGGAGGGCACCCGACAACUUAAAGUUGCUGUAGUGCGGGGUGAACUCGAACCAAGAAGGAACAACGGUCGCGUGUCAAUUUGGUGUCGCUCUUACACUUCCCCGCUCGUACGCUCGUUCGCACGUGCCAACGAAACCAGUAAGUGCGAUUGGUGUGCUAGUGUACUCUUUACUUUGUACAGUGGCCAGCACAAGCACGCGUGUUGUCCUAGGAGCUUCCUAACGGCCAAGAGCCACCAUUCCAACAAAGUCGUGUGUGUGUGUGUGCGUUUGGAGUGACUUUUAAAGUAGCUCCGUCCCUUCCAGCGCGGCCUGCACCUACUUUGCGCGGGGCAAGGUCGUCGACGGCAUUUCGAUCGACGGCGACAGAAACGAGUUUUCCGCUACCUGUGGUUACGCGUGCCUGUAGUGCGUCUUGUGUAUGUGGGUGUGUGUGUGUGUGUGUGCGUUCCUAAAAAAAGUGCAACGUGCAGCAAAUUGCCCGAGUUUGCCCGAGCACAACCCUCUGCGAGAAAAGAAAGGCCAAGAAAGAAAGCCCACGUGUGUAACGCUGCGUAACGUCGUCACCCCUAGUAACACAUCGCGCUCGCGCUCCUAAGUAACGCAGUGUAGUGUUUCGCCGUUGUGCGCGUGCAUCGGAAAGUGAGUGAGAAUUUAGAGCGUGAACUAGAUAACGAGUGCGUAACGUGUGUUCGUGUGUCUUUGUGCAGCAACAAAAAAAAAAGGAGAAAAGAAAGCGAAAUCUGCAUUUUCCACUCCUCGCAACACUGUGGUGACAAUCGGUGCUCUCAUUCACCGUGUGUGUGCAUGUGUGUGUGCAUGUGUGUGUGUGACAAUUGUUAGUGAACGUAGCACAAACCUUACAGUGCUGUCAAAGCGGCUCCCUUUGGAGUUGGUGUGUACCCCCGGUCUGUUCGUUCGUUUCGUGCGCUCCGAUCUGAUCUCACCAUGACCCUGCCAACGAACAGUACGUCCACCGUGGCCGAGGACGACUCGGACAUGUUUGGGCCGCCCCACUCGUCGCCGCCGAUCCGCCGCAACCGGCCGAAGGUGCCGAUGAUCUCGCCCCAGCUGAAGCAGCGCGAGGUGCGCAAGCGGAUACUGCAGCUGUGCGUGCACAAGCUGGAGCGCAUCAAGGACUCGGAGCGCAAUCUGCGCCGCUCGGUGUGCAUCAACAACACCUACUCGCGCCUCACCGACGACAUACGGCGCGAGAAGCAGCACAAGCUGCUGAUGCUCUCCAAUCUCGCCAAAUCCACUGACAGCAGCAGAAAGCAACUCGACGAGGACGAUGUCUCGUCGGAGGACUGCAUCAACAACAACAACAACAUUACCAAUGCCAACAACAACAACAACAGCAGCAGCAACAACAACACCAAUGGCAGCCAUCUGCAUCAUCACCACCAUCACCAUCACCACCACCAUCACCAUCGCCACCAUCACGACGAGCUCGGCGAGUUCGUGCACAACAAUGAAAACAUGAACAACAACUGCCAGCUGCAGCACAACCACAACCUCGCCUCGCAGCACCACCACAACCACCUCAGCCACCACCAGCACCUGCAGGCCCUGCACCAGCGGUUGGCCCAGUCGCCAAUCAUGUCCAAUGGUUCCACCACCACCACCACCGCCGCCGCCGCACCGGAAUCGAACGGCGGUUCGGACGGCGCGGCCGACCGGCCCCCGUCCAGCCCGGUCAGCCAGCGCAAGCCGGCGGCCGCCUCGUCGGUCGAGGCCGAUCUCGAGACGCUCGACCGGGAGCUGUGCGCGCUGGACGCGGCCAUGCCGCUGGUCGACCCGGAGAUCACGCAGGGCGCGGAGCAGCUCGAGCAGGCGAUGGUGUCGCGCAAGCGCAAGUUCGCCUCGAUCGACGACGACGACAGCGACCGGCUGGUGCGGGAAGCCCUGUCCCAGAUCUACUUCCCGAGCGCCGGCCGGCUGCUGACCGGCAUCGACGACUGUCCGCCGGCGACCGAGGAGCGCCGGGUGGAGGACGAGCAGCAGCAGCAGCAGCGCACCAACGCUGGCGACGCUGCAGCAGUGGCCACCGCCGCCGACUGUAUCUCACCGAAACGACCAAAGAUUGGCGACCUGCUCGAGCAGCACCAAAGUCAGCAGCAGCAGUUGCACUCCUUCUCCCACCCGUUCCUGCACCCGUUCCAUCCGCUGCCGGAUCUGGCCGGGUUCGACUACCAGGUGCACCAUCACCACCAGAAGGAGUUCGAGGUGAUCAUGGACGCGCUCCGGCUGGGCGUCAGCAAUGGCGGGGCGAUGGCGGCGGCGGCCGUCGUCGCCGCGACGUCGGCGGCUGGGGCGGCGGCGGCCGCAGCAGCAGCGGCAGCGGCGGCCGCGGCCGCCACCGGCAACGCAACCGGCACGGCGAUGAUGGGCUGCUGCGGUGUUGUGGCCGGCAGUGCCGCCGGCAGUGGGAACGGCCCGUCCGCCAGCGUCGGCCCCGCCUCCUGCCAGGGGACGGUAGUGGGCGGUGGCGGGGUCGGCGCGGGCGGUGCCGUCGAUUCCUGCGGCCAGGCGGCCAUGCUGAUGGGCGGCCCGGACGGCGGGGCCAGCGUGUUCCACAAUCUCGUCGUUACGUCGCUGGAAACUUGAAAGUAGGCCACCAUCGGCCGUGAAGUCGGCGGCGCCGUCGCCGUGGAUGCUCUGGUUGCCUAUGUGUGUGUGUGAGGGGUUACUUCAGUGGUUAGUGGUGUGGCCACUAUCGGCCCUCUCACCUUCUCACUCUCCCGUCUACUCCAUUCAGCGCGAUAAACAGCGCGAACGUAAUUCUUAAUUUAUUUACCCUCCCACAAAACUGCGCGCGCUCUCUCUCUCUCGCUCUCUCUCGGAACGGGAAAUUGAUUUCACUUUUGCGCUUCCCCUCACUUCCUCCUCCAGCUGCUAGGUAGCGCAAUGAUAAGCGCCAAGAGGAGGUGACGCGCGCAAAAGAUGGAAAGAAGGAUAGACAGACAGCGUGGUUGCGGCAGUGGGCAGACUACGGAACAAAGCAAAAAAGUAAGGAGAGUUUGGUGGCCACCGUUUUGGUACCCACACAUACACACACACAUACCCAGGCACCAAGCGACGGCGACCGUCGCUAAUUAGACCAAUUUUUAUUAUUAUUAAUAUUAUUAAUAUUAUUAUUAUAAAUAUUAUUAUUAUUAUUAUUAUUAUUAUUAUUGUUUAGCGCCAAGUUUAGCAAAGUUUUUUUGUUUGGUUUAGGAAAGCCCCCCCCCCCUUUUUUUUAGACCAUUUAAUUUGCUUCCUACCACCAAAACGAUCAUUCAUGCCCGCAUCCUCUCCUUUUCCUCCUACUCGACCGUUCUUCAUGGCCUAGAGAUAGAGAUAGGAAGAAAGAGCGUACAAACCGAAAGCUUUCUUGCCAGGGCAGGAAGGGUUGGUUGGGGCUUUGUUUUAAAUUGUAUUUAUGCGCUGUCUGAUUUUUGUCCUAAUUUUAGUAUGAAUUCGAUUUCAUUCAACCAUCUCCUCCCCUUUACCUCCUCCAAAGCCCCCCCCCUCUUCUUACUGUGAAAAUUCCUGGGUUAGCUGUUAACAAACAAACCGAAAGCACACACAGCUUGUGAAGCCUAUCAUCCACACGAGGAUGUGUGUUUACGCGGCGUUGACGUUCGCGUAAGCUUUAGGGCGCAAAAAAACGACGGCUACUAAUGUGCAGCAAUGUGUGGCGUGUGCAAUCGCAGUAGGCAACAGAAACACACACACAACUUUAACGCGUGUGUUGCUGUUGAUCUCUCUCUCAUGCAAAACAGGAGGCAAUCAAAUUAUGUGCAAAUAUUUGCUAAUGUGCAAACAAAGAGACACAGCACCAAGUAGCUCACCAGUCGAAAAAAGGGCUCCAACAAGCACUGGUAGAAGUUUUCUGACCCGAUUUUUCGCUCCUCCGCCACUUCACGGAUGCCUCCUCUCCUCCUAGUCCAUUACGCCUCUUCCCAAACACACACACGCACACACAGUGGAACACACAGUGCUGGAAUUCGUUUCCGGCAGAUCUUCUUCAUAAAAGGCCGUCCACAAACGGCCAGCCCAGACUAAAGCAGCCGCACAUGUUUCCCUUCUGCCUUCUUCCAUGGCUGUUUCUUUCCCUUACCUUCCCCCCCCCCCCCCCUCUUUUUUUGAGAUCGUCUAACGGUCAUCACGCAACAACGGCUUGGCGGCGAGCGCGCGCUCAGGUGCCGCACGCUGUGCACUGGUAGGUGGUAGGGGGCCAAAGUGAGACAUAAAAUAAGUGAAAGUGGCACCUCGGCCGCUGGUACGGCGGUGGUGGUAGACACACACCCAUAGACACAGCAGAGCAGAAGUAAGGAAAAGGAAAAACUCAGAUUUAAAUCGCACACUCGCAGCGCUCGGGCCGACCGUGGCUGCGAUUAUUAUGCGCUGCGACGGUGUGUGUGUGCCCAUGAUGCCUGCCAAUGUGUUGCUUGCUGAGUGGCUGUGGUGGCUCCAUCUGACGGGGAAACGCUUCUGGAGCCGCCGUAAGGUUACUUAGAGACUUAGAAGGCGCGCGGGGACGCUUCGAGCCGUUUCUCGCUGUAUCGGUUGUGGCUAGUUGUGUGUCCACCCGCAGAAGGAGGAGCAAUUACACUACUGCUCGAUUUGUGUUGUUUUUUUUUCUCUUUGCGCGCACACCAUACAAUGUUGGUCGCUCCCCAUGUACGUGCCCAGGCUUUGAAGGUGUUUUUUUUUUCUUUUCUGCAAACUUUUGCAUCACCAGAAACUUCGAAAAGCUCAAACCAACAGCUACGAAUGGCACGUGUUGCAUGAAUGGUUUCUUUUUUAUCUCUCUCCCUCUGUCUCUCUUUCUCUCUCUCCUUUUAUAUCUCCCUUUGUCAGUCUUUUAUGCUCUCUCUCUCUGUCUCUCUCCUUUUAUAUCUCCCUUUGUCAGUCCUUUAUGCUCUCUCUCUCUCUGUCUCUGUCUCUCUCCCAAGUUGGUCAGUGAUGAUAGUACACCACUUCAAAGCUUACCGCUACCCUCCCCGCUUCAAAUGAUUCAGCGGAGCGAAUCCCCUUUUCCACCAGUGGAAAACGAAUUCCAACAUCGGCGGGUGGCAAAGCCCCCCCCCCUCCCUUGCCCUAGAAAAAGAAGAAGAAGAAGAAGGAAAAAAAACGCCAAGACACGGCAGGGAUGGACGCGUAACGCGAAGAAGAUAAUGUACCGUUUGCUGUGUGGGGCUCAGUCUGUGUCUAUGUGUGUGUGUGUGUGUGUGCAAUUCGUAACGUAUCAAAUUUUUCACCCGUUGUUUUUCCCCCUCCCCUCCAGCUCCCACCUCCCCGCAGCACCUCCCUUUAGCAGUGCAGUGCUUUCGUCCGUCCCUCGGGGUUGAGUUGAAAGUUUUCUCGCUCUUUUCCUCUGGUGGUUGUUUUUCUUUACCCACUACCCCUUUUGCCUUCAGAGACAGGAGGUGUGGAGGGAGUAGUCUAUAUCCCCACCCCCCCUCCCCAUCCACCGUUCGUGCUGCCUUUAUUUUCUUUCCAACCACUGUUUUGAGCGCACAACGCGGCAGAGCUUUUGAAUGUUUUUCGAUUGAUUUGGUUGCUGUUGCUACUGCUGUUCCCUUUCUUCUCUCUCUCUCUCACUUUUCCCCUACUCUCCAGUUUUUUUGUUUUGUGAUUUGAUUUUCCAUCUUAUUUUCCUGUUGCUUUCGCUUUUGCCUCUUUAUUCGCUAUCGAGACGGGCGAACGCGGAAGGGUGGAUACAAAGUUACUCCAGCCAACCAGGUGCUGGGCUGCUGUUGGGUGCAUAAGUUUGUUUCAAGUUUUUUUUUUUUGCUUGCUUGGUUUCGUUUCAUUUUUCAAACGGACUUUUCCGUAGCGAUUUUGUGCUAUUUCAGAUGUGCUUUUUUCCCUUUCGUAGUUUUUUUUUGUUGCUUGUUGGUUCAAAGUAGCGCCACCGAAUUGAUGAUGAUUCCAUUUGUCUCGGUUUCGGGUGUUUUUUGUUCGUAUCUUAUCUUCUUCCCAUGUGACGAUUGAAUAUUACUGUGGCCAAAAAAAUAAUAAAAAAAAAGCGUCACGAUUGGAAUCCGGAAGCAGUUAAAGUAGGAGAUGGAGGGCAGGUAAACUGAAACCAAAACAAUUACAAACCAAUUGGAAGCAAUGUGUGAAAGCAAGAAGAAGCAACUAAACAAAACAAAACAAAAGUUAAUCAAAGAAAGUUGUGUACGUUAAGCAAGAAAAGGGUGUAAAACGUAUGUAAACAUGGCGUACAGAAACAAACAAACAAAGCAAAACAAUUGUGCCGAUGGGUGGAAAAAAAACAAAGAAAACAGAAAAAAACAGCAACAACAAUAUCGUUCUUAAGAAUAUAAACGUGAAAACGCUUAUAGGCCAACUCUUACAAUGCGCACUAAACUAGUUAGAGAAGAAGAGAAGAAGUAGCGUUGGUUGCAACCGAACCUACCAAUGAAGGUACCAAGACAGGUGGAGAAGGAGGUGCGACAUCUCACGGCAAGACCGUGACGAGUCACACACACACACACUCUCGUUAACACUCGCGGGCAGAAUGUUCCGGCUUCGGGUUUGGCACUUUUUAGCAGACAAAUCGAAGCACUCUUGCAUCCAUACCUACACAAGCUAGAUUAACGAAAUAUUGACCCCCACUCCCCCGCUCCCCCCCCCCCCCCCCUCUUAAUAUGUAAGAAAACAGCACACACAAAUAAUAAUGUAAAACAGAAGAAGGGGAAAAAGCAUGGAAGCAGCAUUGUAAAAAAAAGUCAUAUAGAUCAAGUAGUGAAAAACAGUAGAAACUGGGAGAGGGGGGAGCACAUUAAUAGAGUAGAGAAUCGAAACAAAUGCACAUGCAUACACGGACACAAAGAUGAAACAUCAGGAACAAAUACUCUCUUUAUACAAGAAAAAAAAAGAUAGGGAACAGGGGGAGAGGAAAAAAGCAAAAGCAAAAGCAGCAGUAAAUAGUAACACAGCAGCAAGAAAAAUGCAUUCGCAAUCGAGAAGUGGCCUCUUUCCUAACGAAACAAACAUCCACGGGAUCAGCACGGUGGAGAGGGUUGGGAAAGCAACAAACAAAGCUGUUACGACUAAAUCGAACGGAAAUCGUUUUAAAACGUGGUUCAACCGUGGUUAAACAGUCAUACCAAGUACUAUAAACUAUGUAGGAACAUGCAAAACAAACAAAAACAAAAAAAAAGGAUAUAGGAAAGCAAACAAACAAACCCAGAACAAAAAAGCAAAAAACGUAAGAAAGAGAGAGAAUGAAAGAGAGAAAAAAGAAAAUAUGCAAAAGAGAAGAAAACAACAACAACAAAAAAAACAUCAACAAAAUUAUAACGGGGAGGGAAGAUAAGAAAUGAAAGUAAACAAAAACUGUGAUAUUAGCCGUUAAGCAGAAGCAGCAAGUGACUCUUAACACUGUGCAUUCUCAUCGUAGCAGGCGAGAUGGAAAAUAAAAGUGCAUACAAUACAAUGAAAGACACUGCUCGGCGGGGGGGGGGGGGGGG